CACUUUUCAAUCAUUCUCAUUUUCCAUAUCCAGGGCUCUUACAUUAUUCCAAUAAAUCCUGGGAUGGAGGGAUAGGAGAGCUGAUUGGCAUUAUUAUAUACAGAUCUUAAUACGUUUGUUCUCAAGAUAAUGUCUCUUUUAAAGAAACAAGAUAACAGUGCUUACACAAAAUUUCAAACAUCCCUAAGGGAAACUUUAUACUCCUGGAAAACAGAAUCUGCCUUCCAGUUUAUUUACUAGAUAGAAUCCCUAGAAAGCUAGGGGCCUGGAAUGAGGUGUUAUUGGCCCUGAAGAUUUGAAUUACCUGCUAUUCUCAAAGAAACCCAGGUUCUACUAAGGACAUUGGUGGGAUUUCUACUGGUCUUUCACCUUGAUGGGGGAGAUUGAGAGCAGUUGCUGAGGCACCAACAGGUAGGAAGCACAGCUGCCAUACAGCCGCAGCCUUUUUAACAGGUUAGUAUAGUUUCAUUGGAUCUUUUUCGCUUGCAUUUGUUAUCCUCCUGAAAAUUUUGUUGAAGACUCUCCAUACCAAGCCAAUCUUUUCUCCUGUUCCCAAACACAUACUCCCCAACCCAGCAGGGACCAGCCUAGUAGUCUACUGUGAAUGUGCCACAUUCAUUUCUGCCUUUCUCAUGACGUGUGCUUUCCCUCUUGCUGACCCAAGUCCUACUCGAUCUUCUGGAUCUGGCUCAAAGAGUCCUAAGUCCGGCCCUUGCUGAACUCCUGCGGUAUUUGGUCACUACCACAUAUUUUACAUCUAAAUUAGGUCCCAUCUUUGACUGCCUGUUUCAUAUUCUACUGCCACCCCAGCUGAACUGUAAGAUUGCUGGAGACUGGAAAACACUUAUUUGCUUGUAUUUAGUAUAUGUGAAAACCCUACAUUUCGGCAUAGGACAGAUUUUGGGCUUGAAUGUAGUUGAGUCCAAUGGACAAAGCCUUAUGAUUUAGAGGCAAGAAGCCAGGUUAUGGAGCCAUAAAGCUUGAGUCCAUAUCCCAACUCUAUCAUUUAGCAGCUCUGAUCCAGUUUCCCUGCCUACAAAAUGGAGAUAUUGAUAACAGUUCCUACCGAAAGGAACUGUAUUAAGGUCCUACACACGAAGUGAUGACCUAGUUAUAUACUAGGGACCCGGUACUUUAAGUGCUUUUGUACAUAUUACCUCAAAUAAUACUAAUGUUAUUCAAACAUGUGCUAGCUUUGUAACUUCAGGGUCUCUCUCACUCACGGAGUUGGUUUCCUAAUCUAUAGAACCGUGGUGAUCCCUCAUGUACCUGUAGAAGUGGUUACAUUCCUCAUAUACCUGUAGAAGUGGUGUUUGUAAACAUUCAGCUCAAGGCCUGGUACGCUGGAUUAAGAAUGCCGAAAAGAAAGUAAAAUUUGGGUGUUUUUAGUAUGUGAUGAGCUUAUGUCACUUUCUGUGAAAUUGUACUUGGCAUCGCAUAAAGAAAAAGGCCAGAUUUAAAGAUGGGACUAAUUGUUCCAACUGGUAGACUUUAGAGAAACUUCAUUGGAAAGACCAUGCAGCAGUUCCUCCUGGAAACUGGAAGAACCCUUCUGAGGGUGGUUCAAUUACCCCCGGGCAGGGCCUAGUAACCCCGGCUACAAGUCAGAAUCCCCUGUGGAACUCUUUUAAAGCCACAGUCAGCCAGACCUCAUGUGUGAAGAUUCUGAUCUGCUAGUUCUGGAAGAUCUGUCACUUUAAAACUACUCAGUGAUUUUCAUGCACAACCAAGACUGAAAAACAGUCAUUCAAGACUUAACUAUGACAUCAAAAACUUCCAAACCUCUUGAGAAACCGUAGACCAUACGGUGGGAGAAGAGGAAUUGAGUAGCUUGAACAGAAAGUUGAUUUACAUCACUUGACAAAGUUCUUUCUAGGAGUCUUCAUAUGCUGAUACGUACAACUUUAAAGAUUUCAGACUGGCAUUCGCAGAUAAUUAUAAAGUAGCCUGAACUUGAACAUGGUUCCUACUAUUUAGGCCUCAUGGAGCCAGAAGUCCUAGAAAUAUGUCCUUAUGACCCAAACCACAGGAUGCCAGCCAGCAGGUUACAGUACCACCUGGCAUCAUGUAGAAAGAAAAAUCUGAAGAUAGCUAAAAAGAUGGCUAAUUGCAAAUAUAAUGCUUGCCAUGUGGUCCCAGUCAAAAGGCUCAAGGAACAUGAGGCUAACUGUGUCAAUAGAACUGCUGUAGAUGAUGAGCCAUUUAAUCUUCCAAAGGUUAUUUCUCCGAGUUUGGAGCCAAAUGAAAAACUUUCUAAUACUGCCAAUCAGAUUCUAGACCCUGAUGUCUGGAACAUAGAUAAAGUUCAAGUUGUGUUGAUAUCCUGGUUUAACACAACAGAAGUUUCCUUGUGUAACCCAAUGCAAGCAUUCAGUGGGGAUGGUGGAUUGAGACCACAGGCUCUUUUCAUCUGUGACUGUCACCUUCCACGCUUGGCUUCCCAAACUGCCACAAAAAGACAGUGGAGGUGCGGGUGCCUCUUAAGCAGCUUGACCCAGAAGAAAAUACUUCCACUCACAUUCCAUUGGCAAAAACUAAUCAUAUGGCCACACCUAAGGUAAAACUGGUGGGAACGUUGUCCCUGGUGGCACAGGCAAUUCCCAGCAACAACUAUGGAAGAGAGAUUCAAAUCUCUGCUGCCAACUAGCUUUCUCUGCAACAAUCUAAAAAUGCUUAGUACUGGGGCACCUGGGUGGCUCA